CUCUCUCUCUCUCUCUAUCUCCCCCCAUAUAUUCAGUGUCAUAAGAAGGUUUUAUUUAUUCCUGUAAGUAGACUACUGACAAAUGAUCUAAUUGUUUGAGUUUUUAGGAGUAGUAGGAAGCAGUUACUCCUUACAGUAUGCCAUAUUGUCAUAAUGUAUUUUUUUGUGCAGGGCACUAAAGGUUUUAUGUGUUGCUAUCUAAAUGUUAUCAAACAACUGUAAACCCCAUCAACCCUCUGUUUAUGCAGUUCAUUGGUUUUAAUAUAUAAUACAAAGAAUGCAACGCAAGAUGGCAGUGUUGCAUUGUUUGGCCACUUGCUUGUUUCAUACCCUUUGGUCCCUCUACUUUCCAUUAUAAUGCAUUGACACUGACUGAAUUUGUUAAACUAACCUCAUUGAAAAAAAUAACUAAAUGCAUUACGUCACAUUUUAAGAUGUCAGAUGGAUUUCCAUAGGCGAUAAUCAGUCUUUAGGAUUGAAUAGGCCUGAGUGUAAAUUUUGAAUAUAAAUCACGUUACAGGCUAAAAUGUAUUGACUCGCUUGAAUAUAUGGCACUGACCAAAGUUAAAACAGUGCUUUGGAAAGUGGACUUCUACAAUUUGGACAUUUGCUUUGAGGCGGGGAUAAUCUGUGAUGUAACAGGAAGCUACUGUAGUGGAUCUCUUACAACCUGAGAGCAGUCACCGCUUCGCACUGUGCAUACAUCUCUCUCCGGACGAGGGACACUGCAAGGGGGAUUUUGCGGUUACCAACGCCUUCGACAUUUUAAGGAAAGUGGCCAAUUAUAUGUCAUAAGUGGAAAAAAGACUGAACUGUACAUGAACGGAUACCCAACUUCAUCUCUGGUUUGGAUAUAACUUGCAGGUCAAGAGAGGAUCACUGGAAAUGACGGAAAUGAAGAUGGAUCACUCCUGGAUGCUCUCUCUCCUUCUACUAAGCUCUGUCUCUGAGGUGUGUGUUAUUGCAAGCCCUGAGGCCAAUGGAACCCAACAGCAGCCGACACACCAUGUGUACAAUGAGAUCGGCUUCACCAGGAACAAGAUAGUGACGGCCCAGUUUGAGUGCUACCAGAGGAUCAUGAAAGACACUAGCGAGCGGAAAGCCGGUCCCGUGUGCAACAAGACGUGGGAUGGCUGGCUGUGCUGGGACGACACAGAGGCGGGUAUUACCUCAGAGCAGCACUGCCCAGACUACUUCCAGGACUUCGACCCAUCUGAAAUGGUCACCAAGAUCUGCACUGACCAUGGAAACUGGUUUCUACAUCCCGACAGCAACAGGACCUGGUCCAAUUACACCAGAUGCAAUGAGCACACGAAGGAAGGAAGAAUAACUGCACUGAACCUAUUGUACUUAGCCUUAAUAGGACAUGGCCUUUCUCUAACAGCCUUGUUCGUUUCAUUAGGAAUAUUUUUCCAUUUCAAGAGUCUAAGUUGCCAGAGGAUAACCCUGCACAAAAACCUGUUCUUCUCCUUUGUUUUAAAUUCUGUCAUCACUAUCAUUUGGUUAACUGCUGUGGCGAACAAUCAAGAGUUAGUCCAGAGAAACCCAACCAGUUGCAAAGUGUCUCUGUUUAUCCAUCUGUACCUAUUUGGGUGUAAUUACUUCUGGAUGCUGUGUGAGGGGAUCUAUUUGCACACUCUUAUUGUGGUGGCAGUGUUUGCAGAAAAGCAGCACUUGAUGUGGUACUACUUGCUUGGCUGGGGUUUCCCUCUAAUACCAGCUAUUAUACAUGCCAUAGCUCGCAGUUACUACUACAAUGACAACUGCUGGAUCAGCUCGAAUACAUCGCUACUAUAUAUUAUUCAUGGCCCCAUUUGUGCGGCCCUAUUGGUGAACUUAUUCUUCUUGCUGAACAUCGUGCGGGUCCUCAUCACCAAGCUAAAGGUCACCCACCAGGCCGAGUCCAGUCUGUACAUGAAGGCGGUACGAGCCACACUCAUCCUGGUCCCUCUGCUGGGGAUUCAGUACGUCCUGCUUCCCUACAAGCCAGAGGGCCGUGUGUCGUCAGAGAUCUACGACUACGUCAUGCACAUCCUGAUGAAUUAUCAGGGGCUGCUGGUGGCCACCAUCUUCUGCUUUUUCAAUGGAGAGGUCCAGGCCGUUCUGAGGAGACACUGGAAUCAGUACCGCAUGCAGUUCGGCACGCUGACCCACUCGGAUGCGCUGCGAUCUGCCUCCUACACGGCCUCGUCUAUCACAGAAGUGCAAGGCUGCUACAGCCUGGAAUGCCACUCGGAACACUUAAACGGCAAAGGCUGUCACGACAUGGAUUCGACCAUUAUGAAAACGGAGAACCCUUUCGCCUGAGCGCUGCCACACCACUUGGUCUUAUCUGGUUGGACCUCCAUGGCAUCAUUUGCGGCACAUGCACUGUGGGUGGGUGGGUCUCGUGAGGGAGGGUGAAACGAUCACACUGUAUAAGAUGUUACUUCAUUUUCUCUGUGAAAUGAUAUGGGCACUUGCUUUCCAUUGGGGCUCCUUAUGUUACCGUCCACACUUGGCCUUGUCACAGAGGUGUAAAAUAUUUUAAAGCUGCUUUUUUGGCUGAGAAAACUUCUAGGCCUAAAUAUUCUGGUUAUUCCAAGUGGUCCUUACAUAUAUUUCUGUCUUUAUUUGUUGUCUUCAUAACACGGAGAGCACGAACUGUUGUAUGUAUGCUGAAAUUAUCGUAGCACUGUAAAGUUUGUCAUAUGAAUAUGAUAUGAGUACCAAAACUUGCUCUUGUAACAUGCCUUGUACAAAAACACACACUUGAUUCGUAUCUAUUUCACUCACCAAAAAAAAAAAAACAUGGUGACAUGACAUGGUGAUUCUGCGCAUGUUGAGAUGACAGAGGACAGUACUGACAGUUCUCCGCAAAAUAGUCGUGACUGAUCACUUACUCUACACUAAGCAUGGUGUUUUGACAUUGUACAGUAUAGAUCUAUAUUAUUUUGUGACAGUAUUAGGAGUUCUGACCGGAGAAAGAUUCUAGGUAUUCUCAUCUGAACUCUACAUUUAUCUUUUCUGCACUCAUGAUCAUCUUGUGUAAUAUAAGAAGAAAGGAUUUACGAAGACACAUUCAGUUUUCAAAGAAUUAAAGGAAUACUGCCUAUGACAAGAAAUACUUUUUACAGGUUAUAGUAUUUAUACACUUUAUACAAUUUUAUACAAUUUUUAGUAUACAAAAAUCUGCAUAUAAAGUUUUUUGUUGUUGUGACAUAAAAUGCAAUGAAUUGCGGUGCCAUAAUAUUACAUCAUGCAUCAGAUUUAGCUUAGCAUAGUGAACUUCUUAUUCACUCACAUUCAAAUUACUGGGUGAACAUUUCUUUCUACACCUAAAAAGGUACAAAGUCACACCAAUUGACAGUGAUCUAAAUUAACAGCUUUCUUUCUUACUUUCUCACUUUGCCUUGAUUCAAGUUCCAGUAUGGUCAGUGAAUGGAGACUUGAUCUGGCACCUGAAAUUAAACUCAUAUUGUCCUCUUGUAAUGAGUGCAGUCACUUUGCCUUACACCAUGAUAGAAGUAUAUAAUAUGUCUUGCCAUUCUUACACAUCAGUUAAUUUUACAAGCGCAUCUUAUCUUAUACUAUAUUGUUAUUUGUUAUUUAUGUCCCAUAUCUGUGUAGCAUGUAUUUCCUUAGACAUUUUCCCCACCGCUUGGAAGAAUUUUUGUACAGUUGAUGAAAGGACAACCUCUCAAAAUUGACAAAACUGAUGUAAAUACUGUGUUUUUUAUUUUUUAAAUCUUCUGGGAAAAUUGUUGUGUGAAUACAGUACAUUAUUGUGCACUGAUAUCUGUAGUUGUCCCAUGUUUGAAACAGUAGUGCUUCAGACAAUUUUACCAUAUACUAUACCUGUCUUUCCCAGUCCUCAAACUUCAGGUAAUGUUGAAUGCCUCUGCAAAAUAUUGAUAUAACUAACAAACAGUGAUUACAUGAAAUGCUUUGGUGUAUUGUUUGUUAAAAAAAGCUAAAUCAUGAGCCAAAAACCACAGCGCGUACUGUCCGCCUGGUGAGACUGCUAUGUUACUUCUGUGAGGCUUACACAUAUUUUAGACACAUUCAAUUCAACCCAUGCUUGCAUUGGUAAUGUUUAUGUAAGUAUGUGUGUUUGAAUUGGUUACUGCAGGACAGUUUUAAGGAGUAUCCUCACUUGAUACUUGGCCUAUUUCAAAGCAUUCUUUCCUGCACAGUUUUAAUGCAUUGAAACCUAGUCACUUUGUGUCUCCAUGCUGUUCGAAGGGGUCUGUUUAGUUCUAGUGUAACAAUAUGUAUGUUAUUGAAUGUGAGUAUGUUUAUUACCGUGCAAUUACAGAGUAAGAGCAGCACUGUGUACUUUCAUGGCUCUUAAUAAAUAUAUUUUCUCAUUUACAAGA